GAUUGAUGUUAAAUAUUAAUGCGAGGAAGUUUGAUAGUACAACUUUUCUAGUAGGUAAAUCGAGUGAAUCAUUUAUUAGGUUGUUCCAUAGAUGCGCAAUUUGAAUAUCACAUCAAAGUAGUUACCAAAAUUUGGCAAACAUCAUUUGGAGAUCAUUUUGCGAAAACGCGAAAUCUACUUACAUGUGUAUAUACAAAUAAGGAAAACCUAAGCCCGACCUGUAGACACAAUCAUGGCUGAUAUUGCUGUUGCGAAUGCAAUCAAUCGCCUGCCUGGAGUUAUUGGUGAUGGAGAGGGUGGUAGACAGAACGUAAUGAAUAUGCGGGAUCGUUUAUUUCACGCAAUUUAUUUCCGUGCAGCAGCUACGUAUGCGGAGUUAGUGCCACGGAAGGUGCAACUGUUUAUUGAAUACUUGCUGUUGGCCAAAGCUUUAUUAUUUUUUUUAACAUUGAUCUACGUGCACAAUGCUUUUAUUAAAAAUCCAUGCACUUGCCUACAGAUCGUGAACAAUUGGCCAAGAGAAGGAGUUGUCAGAGUCGAAAUCAUACCUCGUUUGGCAGAGAAGCGAAGAAUUUGGCAGGAAAUCAAACGUGAUCAGCAUUUACUGCGAUCAAUCAAGAAGUCAUAUUAUUAUGGUUUGGGACCCCAAACUCGAGCUAAUUAUUUAAAGCUUAAGCGCUACGAUGCCGUUUUGCGCAGCUUGGGCAAGUACACACAUUCAUCUUCUGUUUAUACGAACGAUAGCCUAUAUUAUUAUUUCGACGUCGUCAAUAUUUUGGAUAAUUAUGAUUAUCCAAGUGCUAUACAGCUCAUGACUAAGGAUAAUGAUGAUCAGUAUAUAGUAGAAUAUUCUUUGGAAUAUGGGUAUCUUCGCCUCUCCUCGGCUACAAGGAAGCGUUUAAAUAUUCCCGUUUUAACGGUUCAAUUGGACCCUAGUACAAAUCCUUGUUUUGGAGACAGAAUAUCUCGUUAUCUGUUAAAACGGCUAUUAGGGUAUGAUGACCUACUUAUGGCUUCGGUUCGCACGGUAGCCGAGCAAGAUGAGAAUAAGGGAUAUUUACGCAAUGUUAUUACUGGAGAACAUUAUCGAUUUGUAUCCAUGUGGUGGACAGCAUGGAGUAGUUAUCCCGCAGCAUUUGGCGUAAUGCUUUUAUUUACCCUUUCAGUUUCCAUGUUGCUACGCUAUUCGCAUCACCAGAUUUUUGUGUUUAUAGUGGACUUACUGCAAAUGCUGGAAUAUAAUGUGUCGGUCCGUUUUCCAAUAGCUCCAUUGCUUACGGUUAUAUUGGCGCUUGUAGGAAUGGAAGCUAUUAUGUCUGAGUUUUUUAACGAUACGUCAACAGCUUUCUAUAUUAUAUUAAUUGUGUGGAUCGCUGAUCAAUAUGACGCCAUUUGCUGUCACACUGGCAUCAGCAAACGACAUUGGCUCAGAUUUUUUUAUCUAUAUCACUUUGCCUUUUAUGCAUAUCACUAUCGAUUCAGUGGACAAUAUCGGACUCUGGCGUUACUCUCAUCUUAUUUGUUUAUUCAACACUCGAUGAUAUUCUUUUUUCAUCGAUAUGAGUUGCCUGCUAUUAUGGCACAGAGGAAUAUGUUUAUCAUAGCACGAAACCAAGUGAAUCGAACCAGAGGAGCUGGAGCUGGUGCAGAUGCUGCUAAUGUGGUUCCUAAUGGCCGGCAGGCGUCUUUGAGUGGAGCUCGCCUAAUUGUCAUGCGUUUUUUUCGUCAAAUUGCAGCCCAGCGUUUGACUGAAAGGCAAUCAAAUCAACAGCGACAAGAAGAAAGAGAGGCCCAAGCCCAACGGCAGCAAGAAGCCAACCUUUUUACAGUCUCAUUGGGCAUCGCUCUAGUGCAUCUACGGCGCUUACCUGUAGUGGGCCAGUGGUUGCAGCGCCGUGAACAGUUUUCCACAGCCCGAAGAGUCUUCAUAGGAUAUGGCGGUAAUGGUACAAUAAUACAUGAUAAUUUGCGGCGUGUCAAUGUUGAAAAUAGAGCGCAAACUAUACGUAACCCCAAUUAUAUAACAACAACACGAGGCGGUGAAAGCUUUGAAGUAGGGGAAACGCAAACAACUAGCAGAAUAGCAUGUAUUUCAGGAGUCGAGGGAAAUCAGCAGAGGCGAUAUACGACAAGGGCAAAUACACUAGGCAGCCCUAAUGUAACACCCAAUCCGGAAAUGCCCGAAAGCAAGUCUUCAGAACAGCGGCGAGCAAUAAAGAUCGUUACUUUUGAUGUUUUAAACAUUAAGGAACAAACUAUUAUGCCUUCUAUUACAAACAAUAAUAACCUUGUUGGUGCAAAGCAAGAAGACAGAAGAGGACAGGACACAGAUGAAAUGCAAAUGGAAGAAACGACAGAACCAGCAUGAGAAAUUAUUGAUAACAGUCAGCAAAAAGAAAGGCAAAAGUAAAAGCUAAGUGCAUGUUAAGAAACAAAGAAACAAUAAUAAUAAAUAUCAUCCUAAAUAGAAAUGGUUCAUACAUAAAUUAUAGUAAACUUAACCUAGUUUAAGUUAACCUGUCCGGUACUUAAAUCUACCAACUAUGUCUGUAGUUUGUAGAAAUAAAAAAGCUACGUGUAUGCUGUAUUUUACCAAUGAAUGUAAAUAAAUAUUUAGAUUGAAUAUGUAAGUGUUCUGCUUACUAAAGAAUUCUUGCUAAAGACUAAA